UUUAAACAAGAUGUUUUAUUUUAAUAUUUUCUAAUAUCAGGUGUUAUCUGUUAACAGUUUGGAUAUCGGCGGCAAAGUUUGGAUAUCGUUGCAAGAGAGCGGAUCUCCACGUUUAGGAUACAGACCACAACGCUCUGGACGUGUCUUUAAAAAAGAGAAAAAUCAGAGACUUUAUGGACUUGUCUUCGAACAUUUUAAACAUUUUGUGGCAGCUUGGAUUUUACACAGUUCGGAUACUGGAGAUUCAUGCUUGAGCCUUACACAGACCUUGUCGCUUUUUAAAAUCACUUGGGUAAGUGGCGCGUUAUAAAUUGUUUUGCUGUUGUUUUAAACUUAUGUUCUAAAUACCUAUUUGUUUAUUUUUUCAUCGUUUAUAUAAUCCGUUUUUAUACUCAUUUGUAGAGUUUUUUCGCUGUUUUAUAUAUUUUGUUUGUUUUUGAUAUCUUGUUUUUAUACUCGUUAUAUUUUUUGGUAUAGUUUUAUUGUGUUUACGUUGUUUGAUUAUUUGAAAAUGUUGGAUUACACUGUGAUUCUGAAUAUUGUGGUAAAAUGGCCCAAAAACGUUAUUCCGACUCUGGUUGUGACCAGGCGAAUAAAAUUAUAAGGCGCGAUCAAUCCGCGGGCGAUGAACCUGAUAUCAUAUUGGGGAUGCAAAUGCUAACAGAAGCUGUCAGAGCUAUGAAUAGAGAUCACGCUAUUACAGACGGUUACGCUGGUUUAAUAAAUACGGUGCGUUCCCUUUCACAGGCCCCGCCAGAGCCGAGUAUGGCCUUAGAUCCCGAUGUUUUAAACAUGCAUCAGGUUUUUGAGAUUCCAGAAGAUGGUUUUAUAAAUCAACAGAUUGAACCUGGAACUUCAGAUACUGGUUUCAUCAAUAAUCAAAUUGAACCACAGGUUCCAGGCUCUGAUCUAAACGGCCAUCAGGUUCUCGAUGGGGCAGGCGAGAAUGUAAAUGUUCAACAGGUUGGUGAGGGGUCGGACGACCCCCAUCAUAAUUCUGAAAUGGCUGAUAUGGGUCUAACCCCCGACGAUGUUGAGAGGCUUGUGAGAGACGGAGGUGAAUUUAAUGGCUACACCAUCGUUCCUCGUACAAGAUUUAACAGUCUGGAAAUACGCAGGAAUAUAAAUCUGAGGUCAAUAGCUUCUACAGAUAUGGCCUCGUACGUUGUAUUUCUGGAUGGCGUUCUAAAUGAAAUAGUCUCAAUAUCUAGAAUAUUUGCGGGCGAUGGGGGAGUAAUACAUGUAUCAUUAAGUGGAGAAACAUUAACGACCGACGUAAAUGCGUUGCUUACCGCCGCCAACGAUUAUAGCAUCUCCGCGUUCACAGAUCAGCUUGAAAAUAUCAUGCAGAGCAACGCAGAUGUGUGCGUUGAUGACCAUCUGAUGUUAAAGGUGUCUAUCGUCAGAAGCAAGAAAAUUCCGUGAUCUAGCACACAACGAGGUUAUAAAAAGAAAUAGAAUGAAUCUUUUUAGCCCCACUAAUAUGUCUGACAAGCUAUGCUUUGCACUUUGUCUGGCACACUUUUUGAAUCCCCAAAAAACAGACCCUGAAUUAGUGCCCAUAGCUGCUUCCAUUCAAAAUGCCGCUGGAUUUUCAAUCCAAGACAUGAUACGCUUUAAUGACGUCGCAUUGUUUGAGAGAUUGUUAAACAUCAAAAUUGUAGUUUUCCACAGAUCAAGCACAGGUGCUUUGGAAAAAUACAUGACUAAAGAUAAGCCCCACUACAAGACGGUGUUUCUCUAUCUGUCCGAUAGUCAUUAUUUCAUGAUAAAAAAUUUGAGGGCUUUUAUCGGGUGUAAAUACGUCUGCGACUAUUGCUACAACGGCUUUUCAAAUAAAAGAGAUCACAGAUGCAGAUACGCCUGUGACAUAUGCAAUGCCCCCGACUGCUACAAACACCCCGCGAAGACGAUACACUGUGGUGAUUGUUUGAGGUACUGCAAAUCAGAAUGUUGUUAUGAAAUGCAUAAAAAACCUCCACUGAGUCAGCAGUUUUCCCAGUGUGACGUGACCAAAUACUGUCCAACAUGUAAUCGACGCUAUUACAUUAGCGGUGACAAGCCAAAGCCACACAAAUGCACGCCGGAGAAGUGCAUGCAUUGUGGCGUAGUGUUGACACCCGAUGGGGCUCAUCAGUGCUUUAUUCAGCCCUUAAGGCUUGAGACCCCCAGUGAGAAAUACAUCUUCUAUGAUUUUGAGACGCGUUACGAGGGUGGUAAGCAUGUUGCAAAUUUUGUAUGCGCCAUCACUUUUGCGGGUGAAGAAUUCACAGCAGAGGGCACUGACUGCGUUGCACAGCUCGUGCAGAGAUUCAGACACCCCAGGUACACCAACUACACGUGGAUAGCCCACAACGCUUCCGGCUUUGACAAUUUUAUUCUUUUGGAAUAUUUCACAAAGGUGGGGCUCACUCUUAAAAUUACGAUGCAAGGCUGUCGUUUGAUAUUAAUGUUUGACGAAAGUUUCAAACAAAGAUUUCUCGACAGUUUCUCAUUUCUCCCAAUGCGGCUAGCCAAGACAGCAUCUGCCAUGAAUCUGACCUGUGCAGAGAAGGGUUAUUUUCCACAUCACUUUAACAGGGUGGAAAAUGAAAACUACAUAGGUCCAUAUCCGGACAAAAAAAUUUACGGAUAUGACACAAUGUCAGAGAAGGAGAGGGAACAGUUUGAUGAAUGGUACAAGACUGUAGAGGGUGAAGUCUUUGACUUUAAAAAAGAACUGGCGCUUUACGGCAAGAAUGAUGUUGUUUUGUUGAGAGAGGCAUGCAUGAAAUAUCGUGAUGAGUUUAUACAAUGCACAGCACUUGACCCCUUCAGAUACACAACUCUGGCAUCGUGCUGCAUGGCCGUGUACAAGACCCAUUACCUGCAGAGAGACACACUAGCGUUGACGCACAACGGCGCCUACCUGACUAAAAACAAAGCCUAUUCAAACGCCUCCAUCGAAUGGCUUGAAUAUGUCAGCCAUUCGCGCGGGGUCGAUGUCCAGCACGCGUUAAAUCGAGGCGAGAUGUCGUUCGGGUCUACCAUGUCGAUGGUGCGUUCCAAAAGGGUGGUCAAAUUCAUAUUUUAGAAUAUUUAGGGUGUUUGUGGCACAGUCACUCAUGCAAAUUUAAAGAAUAUGACAUUCAUCCUGUGACAAAAUUGACGCACGCUGUACACAGAAGACAGCAUGAGGCCAAAAUGGAGGUUUUGGAGAAGGGGUAUGGGUUGAAUGUCGAGGUGAUGUGGGAGUGUGAAUGGAACGCUGCUAAGCAGACUGAUCCUGACGUAAUCGCCUUUAUGACCACUUACACGCACCCCGAGAGACUGAAACCCCGCGACGCUCUAUUUGGAAGUCGCACUAACGCGUACAAGCUCUAUCAUAAAGCCGCUGAAGGUGAGAAAAUCAGAUAUGUUGAUUUUACAAGUCUGUACCCCUUCUGUCAGGCCAAGAAGUGUUACCCGAUAGGGCAUCCAUAGAU